AUGGUGCAGUUCCACGCCGUCGCGCUGCUCCACGCGCUGCGCGCCACCGACCGCCUGGCGGUGUCCAAGCUGGUGACGCAGCUCACGCGCGCGGCCGUCAAGAGCCCCCUGGCGCAGUGCCUGCUCGUCAGAUAUGUGUCGCAGGUCAUCGCCGACAGCGGCCCCGGCCCCAACGGCGAGGCGCGGCCCUUCUACGAUUUCCUGGAGUCCUGCCUCAGGCACAAGGGCGAGCUGGCGUGCGCGGCUUGA